GAGCAGCCUCGUAGAAAACGCGACGCUAGCGCCUCCAACCGGCGCGUCAACGCUGUGAAACAUCCAGUGGUGCUGAAGGAUUUAUCUCCAGGUAGCAACAAAGUUGGUGUAAACGGCAUGAACAUGAUCAGCCUAGCUCUGCAAGGACCACCGAAUCUCCUACGUCCACCUCCCACGGCGACUCAGCCGCUGCAAGCGAGAGCUCCCAUUGUUGAGAGUCCGAUAAUCAACACGCAGUCUGGAGCCAUAUCCUUAGCGUCAUUACAACCGCCUCUGAUGACUGCCCCUCCCCUGCAACCAAGACCUGCAACCACAGGAUCCUUAGAUCUGAUGUUACCAUUGCAACCAAAGUUGUUACCUGGCUACAACCUACAAUCAUCGUUUUUGUCCAACACCCUUUCAACUGUCCGACCACCAGAUUUACCUGAUAGAAACGAAAAGAGGGAAGUAGAUAGUUAUAAACCAAGCAUAGAAGUAAUUGUGGAGAAUAGAGAGUCUAUCUCUGAUAGCUCGGCGCGUGAUAGUAAUUUCGAAGGUUCUGGAAAGAGUUGUGAAAAUUUAGAUAGGAUUUUAGAUUGUCAAGAUUCUGUUAAUAGUACUGAUGAAAGUAACAAUUAUAAUGUAAAUGAUAUAUAUGAUGCUACAGAUAAUAUUUCAUUUGUCAAUGAUGAAAUUAACUCUAAUGUUAUAGAUGCCAAAACAACUGAUACUAGUUUAGUUAGUAGUUCUAAUGACAAUAGUCCCAAUAAUAACUCUUAUUAAAUUAUUAGAUAUGUUACUUAAUGAAGUUUAAAAUACAAUGUUUUUAAAUUGUGUAACCCCAAUAAAUUGAGUAAUAAGAAAUGUCUCCCAUUAGAUUAAUGUAAACAAUCAUUUUUUA